CAAAAAUGACAGAAUCAUAUCUGAAAUAAUAAAAGUUGGUAACUCAUACUUGGUCACCAGAUGGCUAAUUUGUUGCACUUUCUAUUAAGAAUACCAGCAAUGCAGAUAUUUAUAAAAUUGGUUAAUUAGAGAAGAUUGGAACAUGGUAAAAAGUAUCUACUUUGAAAGAUGCAUCAUAAUAAAUUAAUGUGUUAUCUUGGUCAAUAGAUAACAAAAUAUUAAUUGGAAGUGAUGAUAGAAGCGUAAAUUUUAAGAUGAUAAUAGGUUUUUGUAUAUAGAAAUAUUAAUAAUUAAUGGAGCAAAGAUUUAGUCAUUAUCACAAAUGAGAAAGCUAUUUUAUCAGGAGAAUGGGCACCUAAUGGAUAAAAAUGUGUAGUUGGGACUGCUUGCCAUAAAGCAUUUGUUUUAUUUUUUGAAGAAAAAAACAAUUGGUGGCAUAAUUAAUAAAUCAACUGUUUUUAUUCAAGUGUAACUGCAUGCAGAUUUCAUCCAAGUGGAAGAGUAGUAGGAUUAGGUUCAACUGAUCAAACAUUUAAAUUAGUUUCAUGUGUUAUUUAAGAAAAUAUGAAUUUUGAAGAUUAAACAUAUAAUGGUCUUUUUAAGGAUAUAAGAACAUUUGGAGAAAUUCUUGUAACUAUAAAUUUAAAUGGUUGGAUUAAUUCUAUUGAUUUUACUUAAUCAGGUAAUAAAUUCGCUGUUGCUGCACAUACAGGAUUAAUUAAAUAAUAUUCAUUUAAUGAAGAUGGAAGUUUGAUUGUUGAUAAAGAAGAUAAAAAUGUAAAUUAUAUACAUAUAUAUUAGGCAACUUAUAUAAAGGAGACAAAACCAUUUAAUAAAAUAAUAUAUAUAAAUGAUUCCACUUUAGUAGGAGUAGGAUAUGAUAGGAAACCAGUUUUAUUGAGUAGUGAACCUACUUUAAAAUUUACAUCAAUUAUUGAGAAAUGUUUAGCUGCAGAAGGAGAAGUAUAGAAAUCUGGAAGUAUUGCUGCUGCAAAGUAAAUGUUUUCUGGAAAAGGUACUAAAUGAUAAUUAUUAUUAAUAUAGGAUAAAAAACAGAAGAUGAUAAAUUUGGACAUUAAACAGCCAUCACUUGUAUUAAUAAAGUUAGUGAUAACUUAAUAUCUACAAGUGAUGUUAAUGGUAUUAUUAACUUUUGGAGAAUAUGAUAUAAUAAAACAAUCAUGUAACACAC